CCAACGGCUUUAUUGGCGCAAAAGAAUCUCUCUUACGCUUUAAAAGAAAAAACCCCUAGAAAUAGAGGAAGCUAAACCACUCUCUAGCCAAAAACAAAACAAUUGGAAGAGAUAUAUACGAGAAAAGCAAAGCAAAGGGCAAAGGCAAAGCCUCCCCCGUUCAUUCAUUUGACACCACCUCCAUUUCCGUGUUGAAGUAGAAGCCACCAUUUUGUAUUCUCUCUUUCUCUUUCUUUCCCUUCCCCUCCACUUCUUAUAAAUAACAACCCACUUUUUUUUUUAAGCUUUGAUCUGUCUACCCAAAGCUCAAAAUGGUUCAAACAAUUAAAACCCACACUAAAAAUCUUGUUUAUUGUAUAGGGUUUUGCUUGUUUUUCAUCAUCAACAUAUAAAGUCUGAAUCUUUGUGUUUCCCUCCAUCUUGGGUUUUCUUAGUUUGUUGCUUUUGUUAAUAUGGGUGCCCUGGAUCGUUGGGUUCUGGUUGUUACUAUUGGGUUCUUGUUGCAAGCUCAGUUACUCAGCUCACAAAACCUGACAUGCAAUCCAAAGGACUGGAGUGCACUUCAGGAUUUCAUGAGCAAUUUGACAACAAAACUUGAAGGUUGGACCACAAAUUCAUCAACUGAUUGUUGUGACUGGGAAGGCAUAGCCUGUGAUCCUCCAUCUUCUGGUAGAGUAAUCAAGUUGGAACUCUCCAAGAAAAGAUUAUCAGGCAAAUUAUCUGAUUCUAUAGCUGGUUUAGAUCAGCUUAAAACUCUCAAUCUUUCCCACAACUUCCUUAAAGACUCACUGCCACUAUCUUUGUUUCAUAUGCCAAAUUUGGAGCAACUUGACUUGAGCUGUAAUGAUUUCUCUGGACCAAUCCCUGAAAGCAUCAAUCUUCCUUCAAUUAAAAUUCUUGAAAUUUCUUCCAAUUCCUUGAACGGUUCUAUUCCUUCCCAUAUAUGUGUUAAUUCUACUGGAAUUCAGUUCCUUCGUUUGGCAGUGAACUAUUUCUCUGGUAAUAUUUUACCAGGGCUUGGAACAUGUUCUUUCUUGGAGCAACUUUGUCUUGGCAUGAAUGAUCUCACUGGUGGGAUAACUGAAGACAUCUUUCAGCUUCAAAAUUUGAAACUUUUGGAGCUUCAGUUUAACAACUUUGGUGGGAAGCUUAGUCCUGGUAUUGCUAAUCUCUCUAACCUUGUUCGUUUAGAUAUUUCUUCAAAUAAUUUUUCUGGAGAGAUCCCUGAUGUCUUUAGUCAGCUACAGAAAUUUCAGAAUCUUGUAGCUCAUUCAAAUAAAUUCACUGGUAGAAUUCCCAGUUCAUUGUCCAAUUCUCCAUACAUUAAUUUGCUAAAUUUGAGGAAUAAUUCAUUGGUGGGUUUUAUUGAUCUUAAUUGCUCAGCUAUGGUUACUUUGAACUCUCUGGAUUUAGCUACCAAUAAGUUUACUGGGCCUGUGCCUGAUUAUCUUCCCUUAUGCAGACAGUUGAAAAAUAUCAACCUUGCUAGGAAUAAUUUUAGCGGUCAAAUCCCUGAGAGCUUCAAAGAAUUUCAUAGCCUCUCUUAUCUUUCCCUCUCGAAUACAAGCCUCCAUAAUCUUUCCUCUGCUCUUCAAAUUCUGCAGCACUGUAGGAAUCUAACUGCUUUGGUGCUUACCUUGAAUUUCCCUGAUGAAACAUUACCAGAUGAUUCUAAUCUGCAUUUUGAGAAGUUGAAGGUUCUGGUUAUCGCAACCUGUAGACUUAAAGGUUCUAUUCCCCAAUGGUUGAGAAAUAUUAAUGCUUUGCAGUUGUUGGAUUUAUCAUGGAAUCAUUUGGCUGGAACAAUUCCACCGUGGUUUGGAAGCUAUAGGGAUCUCUUUUACUUGGACUUAUCAAACAAUUCGUUUACUGGAGAGAUCCCAAAAAGUUUAACUGAAUUACCAAGCCUCAUUCAUGGAAAUAUCUCGCUGGAAGAGCCUGCACCAGAUUUUCCUUUCUUUAUGAAAAGAAAUGAAAGUGCGAGGGGAUUGCAGUAUAAUCAAAUUUGGAGUUUUCCACCAACACUUGAACUUGGUCACAACCUUCUUAGUGGACCAAUUUGGCCAGAGUUUGGGAAUCUGAAAAAGCUCCAUGUGUUUGAUUUGAAAUUCAAUAAUCUCUCUGGACCAAUUCCGGCAAAUUUGUCUGGGAUGACCAGCUUGGAGAUUCUGGAUCUAUCGCAUAAUGACUUAUCAGGAACCAUACCACCUUCACUGCAGAGUCUCAGUUUUCUGUCCGUAUUUAAUGUUGCCUACAAUCAGCUUUAUGGGAGGAUCCCUUCUGGAGGUCAAUUUCAGACAUUUCCGAAUUCAAGCUUUGAAGGAAACAAUCUUUGUGGUGAUCACUGGUUCCGUUGUCAAGAUACUACCGGUGAAGAUCAUCAUGAAUCCCCAAAAAGAUCAAGAAGGAACAGAGAUAUCAUUAUUGGAAUGGUUGUUGGAAUCGUAUUUGGGACAGCUUUUCUGCUUGGCCUUAUGCUUGUGAUUGUGUUGCGUGCGAAUAAACGCGGUGAGGUUGAUCCCGAGAAAGAGGAGCCUGACACCAUUGAUAAAGAUCUGGAAGGAUUCAGUUCAAGGCUAGUGGUCCUCUUCCAAAAUAGGGAAACCUACAAAGAGCUCUGCAUUGAUGAUCUUUUGAAAUCAACCAACAAUUUUGACCAAGCCAAUAUCAUUGGUUGUGGGGGUUUUGGUCUGGUUUACAGAGGCACCCUCCCUGAUGGUCGUAAGGUUGCCAUUAAACGGCUUUCUGGUGAUUGUGGUCAGAUGGAAAGAGAAUUCCGUGCUGAAGUUGAAGCACUUUCAAGAGCCCAGCAUCCAAAUCUUGUCCAUCUACAAGGGUAUUGCAUGCAUAAAACUGACAGGCUCUUAAUAUAUUCUUACAUGGAAAAUGGUAGUUUGGACUAUUGGUUGCAUGAGAAGGUUGAUGGACCAUCUUUGGUAGGUUGGGAAAAGAGGCUGCAAAUUGCACAAGGGGCAGCUAGGGGUCUAGCUUAUUUGCACCAGUCAUGUGAGCCUCAUAUUCUUCACAGAGAUAUAAAGUCAAGUAACAUUCUUUUAGAUGAGAAUUUUGAAGCCCACUUAGCAGAUUUUGGUCUUGCAAGGCUCAUACUGCCCUAUGACACCCAUGUAACCACUGAUCUGGUAGGUACAUUAGGUUACAUUCCUCCUGAGUAUGGGCAAGCUUCUGUUGCAACCUAUAAAGGCGAUGUGUACAGUUUUGGAGUUGUGCUUUUGGAGCUUCUGACAGCGAAAAGGCCCAUGGAUAUGUGCAAGCCAAAAGGAUCCCGGGAUUUGAUCUCUUGGGUGAUUCGCAUGAAGAUGGAAAACAAGGAGAGCGAGGUUUUUGAUUCAUUUAUCUAUGAAAAGCAGCAUGAUGAGGAAAUGUUGCGGGUUCUUGAUAUUGCAUGCCUUUGUUUAAGUGAAAGCCCUAAAGUUAGGCCUACAACUCAGCAGCUAGUUUCUUGGCUUGACCAAGUUGAAAUCAGCGUCUAGCUCGGUAAUGCAACUAUGGGAAACUCCAAUUGUACAGCUAGAAAUAUUUCUCCUAGAUCCAUUGUUUCAGAAGCUCCAACGGAUGCAGUAGAAAUUGGUCGCUUUUCAUAGUAUGCCAUCCUUUUGUAAAUAUUACUCCACAUAUGUGGUCUACCAGAUUUCGCUGCCCUCCAACAUGGAGGACAGGGAGGGAUCUAACAGAAGAAACAAACAUUUUUGUCAAAAAGUAUGUUAAGUUUUCACAUUCUAAGUUAGUUUCUUACUUUGGGCGAUGAUAAAAUGCUUGUUUUCAAACAUGUAAAAAAUAAAAACUUUAUUUUUUCUUGUAUGUAAUGGUGGUUCAUAUUUGAUGCGAAAUGAGGAGAUUUUCUUCUGAUCAUUUUUCAAUGACCGCGAUGCUUGUG